AUGAGUCAGUUAAAGUUUAAGGGCCGGGGGGCCCUCCUGAAGGCCCGCCAGCCUCCAAUACACAUGCUGGGUAAACAUACACCUGUUGAUGAAGAUGAACCACCUGAUGUACCAGUGCAGGCAUUUGGUUUUGACACAGACAGUGAUAAUUCUUCAUCAUUUGUAACGACUUUUGAUGCUGCUGAUGCAGAAGAUGCCAGCAAAUAUCUUAGGAAGGCAUUUAAUAUACUUCAACCUGGAUACCAUGCAUGCAAAAGAAUGCCAGAAAUGGAUGGCGGAUACUUCAGUCAUUGCCCUAGAGGUGUACCAUUAGGCCAGCAGUAUUCAAACCUGCGUAUUCUCAUGGAAGAAAGAGCACAGUUAGAACUUUUGAAAGAUUGUUUACUCAGAGUCAAAUUUACACAGAUAUUUGUUGAAGAACUGGAGGGUCUGGUUCACAUGGAAUGUCGUACUGCUCACACCCUGAGACAUGGAGGCUGUGCAGAGCCAGCAGUGACAAAGGUGUAUUGCUUGAAUGCUUUGUGUGAAGACUUGCGGCUUCAUGUAGCCCAUUGGAACAGCAUUAAGCAAAGACUGAACACAAACCAUUGGCUUCAGCAGAAGCUGGGACACUUGUGUCUGCAGCUUCAACACAUCAUGCAAGUUUUGACUUCUUCUAUCCUGAAGGCAGUUCAUAAUCUGGAUCAGCUAAUUCAUAUUGGCUUUGAGGUGUUCGCUCAUUGUAAUAUGGACACUGUGACUCCAGAAAUGAUGUGGAAUAUAACAAGAGGUCUGGAAGAUUUCAAUAUCAUUGUUAACGGGUUGAAAUUAAACUACCAGGUGAAUAAAUCACAAAUGUAUGGGAUGGAUUACUUGCUAGCCGUAAGUGAUAAUCAUUCAUGUCUUGCAAAUCUACCCAUACAGAAACCUCUCAGAAUUAUUCCAUUUACUAAAGUUCUCAGUAUCCUUGCCAGCGAAAGAUCCAAAUAUGCUGCCAAACUUACUCAUAAAUUUUUCACAAGCAACGAAGAUUUUUUGCACAUGGUCAACACAGGAAACUUGCCAGCUUUUGACUGGGGGGACUACUUACCUCAUCAAAACCAGCCUCAUUCGAUGAUGGUUCAGAGUGAUACCUCAGACUAUCACACUUUAACUGCCAGUAGUGCUAGCCUUACUGCUGCAUAUGUGCAUGUGGGCUCCAUCAGAGCCCCAGACAUGUCAGGAUUAGCUUCUCCUCUUAUUCAGUUUUCUCAAAAGGAGCAGGAGUUUGCUGAGAGCUUCCUUCUUAUUGUGUGCAAUUCUACUUCUUUAUUAAGAAAACACGAUCCUCAGAAACCUCAUCGUGUACACCACGGAAGCAAACAGGUGGAUUCAAAGUCUACCAUGAGUCCAGUUGUGGGCAGGCCCCCAAGGGUGCAAUUUCAAGGAGAUACGCCGGUCAUGUCUCGCACAGACUCUCAACGAAAGACUGUUUCAUGGGUAGAUAAUGCAGACAACUCCAUAAGAACCGCUGUUGUUGCCCAUUACAUGGAUUCGCUGUGGACCCAGUUUGGGCGCAAUCUCGACCUCUAUCUGGAUGAACCAGCUUGGAUUGGUCGGAAUUGUUUGCUGCAUUCAGAGAUGGGUUCUCUUCUUCUUUUCAAUGAUGCAGUCAUUGCAGUACUUAGAAACAUGAUUGAUCAUGUCUGUUGCAAAAAUAUAUUUCCUGUUGCUUCUGUUCAACCCUUACUUGGAGUGAUGUUCAGAUUACAUGCACUGUCGGCUUAUGGAGCAUGGGAUGCACUGUUGAGUGCAUACCUGGCUUCUGAAACUACAGACAAGUGUCAGCCCUGUCUUCUGAAUAGUGAGAGUUACAGCACAUGUACAGGGAGAAUUCUCAGAAAUAUGUACAGUCCACUGAUGAGCAUGCUUCAAGAGAUAAACCGCUGCUUUCCACAGAAUUUAGACGAUACAGCACAGCGUCCCAGCGUGGAUCUGGGUGUCUGUGUGGGCGUAACAUUACGUGUUCUCAUGACGUGCAGACUUGCAUUGUCCUGGUGCACCAUGAAAAUACAGCAUCUCUUGUCAUCCUGGAGUGUCCAUCAGUAUCUCUUUCUGACACACAGUGAUCUCAAGCUGCUGGUGGAUUGCACAAAAAGUAUGUCAUCUCUGCUUCAGAGCUUGAACUUCAGUGAAGAGCAUUUUGUGAUAAAGGUUGCUGAUAGUUUGUGUGUGUGUCAGAUAGCACUGCUUCAGGAGCAGAUUGGCCAGGUUAAUGCUCAGAUGCAAAGCUUGAGUGGAAGCACUAUGAAGAGCUUCAUUGAAAAAUACAGUGAACACGCUCUCAAUUUCUUUCAAGAAAGCCUGCUCCCUGCCAGGGCCUGGAAAAAGAAACUUCUUCCAGAGGAGAGUGCUGAACCAAGCAGCUAUACUGUGAAUGCAGUAGAAAGCCUACUGGUGCCGAUAGUGCAAGGCAUUUCCAAACUGUCUACGGCAACCCAGAUUGGAGUCAUCUCAUUGGUGACCAUGUCUUUUUGUAAUACUUGGCUGGGAAUCAUUUUGAAGGAGAAGAUUCGUUUCAGUUUGUGGGGAGCUGUCCAGCUUGGCAUAGACUUUGAGUACGUCAGGACACAGAUUGGCCAGAUGGUUGCAAAUGAAGAAGUGAGGCAGAGUGUGACAGACCUUCCCAUCUUCCAGCAGAUGAGGGGUAUUGUUUUCUUAUUAAAACGACAACCUAGUCAGAAGCAAUCCAGCAGCAGAUUAAUGGACAAUAUUAUGUGUGAUUCAGCCUCAGCAGUCCCAUCUCCUGAUGUACCCUCAGCUGAUGCCAGGACAAUCACACCAGUGUCGACAGGCUCCACCACCCUUGGUAAUGGAAUGCAUAAAUCAAACACCGGAGCACAGCUUUCCCAAGAGGAGGAGGAUAUAAACACAGUUCCCAAUGUACAGGAGUGGUUAGCUCUCAGAACUAUUGGUGGCUCCAAACCGUGGAAGUUUCCAGCUUGUUUUGCCAGAAGUUCCAGUGAUGACUAG